GGCCAGGCCGGCGGGAGUGGUGGUAGUGGCGUGACAAGCUCUCCUGCCACACGCUCACUCGCUCACUCUCUCACUGCGGCUCAUGUGUUAGGCGACGCUCGUUCACUCAUCCCACUCGCUCUCACCUCUUGGAGUAAACACGCGAUGGACACAUACCUCCUCUUCCUUCUCCUCUUCCUGCUCCUCUUGAAGUCCGAAGAUUCCCGGUAAUAGCAAGUUUUCCAAGGGUACUUAAGCGCGGCUCCCCCUGUCACAUUGCGCCGCCCUUCCUGCUCUUCAUGUUACCUGCAGGAGGCGGUGCAGGGGUCCAGCUACCUGUUGCCACGCCCCCAGCCCCCGUGACCUGGUACAAGGCGGUGUAAGGUCACUCCAGAUGUACCGCUGUCUGUGACCUUAGUUCCCUCAGGUGUUGCUUUGCUUCAGACACUCUCGCAGGUCUCUGCGUGAGGGAGUGCCGUCUGUCGCAGGAUGAGGCUGCCGCAGAGCUCCUCCACGCCCCUGGGCCUUCUGCUGCUCCUCCUGCUGCUGCUACUGGCCGCCAGGGGUCGUGGGCUGAGACUCUCCGGAGUGCAGGUGCCUCGGGUGGUCGUCUCCGGGUCGUCUGUACAGCUGGUGUGUAACUACGAGCAGAGUGUUGAGAGGCACGACCCGCUGUACUCUCUCAAGUGGUACAGGGACGUGAAUCAGUUUUACGAGUAUAUACCGAAGAGGAAGAAGCAAGUGCGGGUGUAUGACAUUCCCUAUAUCCAUGUAGAUGAGGAUGGCAGCUCGGAGGGAUCUGUACGGCUGACGGGACUGACAAGAGCCGCUUCGGGCAUGUUUAGGUGUGAGGUGAUGAGUGACAAGCCCUACUUUGAAACCGACGAUAAGGCGGAGAAUAUGACGGUAGUAGAUGUGCCUGCGUGGGGGCCAGAGGUGAUGGGCGUGGUGCGGGGCGCGGGCAUGAUGGGCGGCGGGGCGGGAGAGCAGUCCGUGGAGAGAGUCGGGAACACCAGAGUUAGACCGGGGGAUAUUGUAGUGACGAGGUGCGAAGCGGGUCCAUCUCAUCCACCCGCUAACAUCACGUGGACCUUAAACCACUCAUUGCAGCCGCCCCCGCACGCCCGUCUGCACAACACACACCACACGGACCAGGACGGACGCCACGCACAGAUGUCGGAGCUGGAGGUGGAGGUGCAGGAGUCAUGGCUAGGGCGGGGCGUCAUGACACUUUCCUGCCACGUCAGCAUCUCCCACGUGUACCACCGCACCGCUAACCUCACCCUUGUACACGCAGACCACCCCCAACCUGCAGGCUUCGGGUGGUUCUCCUCAGGCUGCUCCCCUGGGGCCUCGCUGAUGCUGCUGCUGCUGCCCGCCUCCCUGCUCUGCUGCUGCUGCUCCUCCUCCUGCUCCCUCAACGCCGCCUUCUCCUUGUAAAACUCGCCGCGGCACGUGCUCAAAAAACUCCUUCGCGGCUUCGAAGUGUUUUGUUCCUCGCGUGAAAAAGCGAACAAGGAGUGACCGAGCUUGAUCUCCCCUUUGGGACGCCACUCCCGCCGCCUCACGUCUCCUGCUUUACUAACUUCACGUCUGACCUUUCUUCCCUUCAUGACGUCUUUUUCUUUCCUUUCGUUUCUUAUCAGAUCCUCCUUCCCUCAGUGAUUCCUUCUUUCCGGUUAUACUUCUCUUUUUUCCUCCUUUCUUCCUUCUUUCGUCUCUAACUUUCUUCCUUUCCUCAUUCUCUCAUUUUCUUCAUCUUUAUCAUCCUCACAUCCAUUUGCAAUUGUAGCUUACCUUCCCUUUUCUUCUUUUCUCUCCCUGCUUUCCUUUCCCUUCAUUCCCCUUCAUUCUUUGUUAAUCUGUAGUUGGUGUGAUAUGUAGGUCCCUGAAGCGCCACUGGGAAGGCGCUACCACUGCUGUCACUGUUGGUGCUGGUGCUGCCGCCGUCACUGCUGCCAUCACUGCCUCCGUCACUGCAGUAAACCUAGAACUUACCUUAGCGCAGAGGAGCAGUGUGCCGUUUAUUACAGUGAUACCGUGACGUGGGAGAGUGAGACGUGUGUAUAUUGCGAGACGGUACUAAGCACGUACUUGUGAAAAUCCUGUGAAAUAUACUCAACUACUAAUUACUUCCCCCUCCCUCCCUCUCGCAGGUUGGAAAGUGAGAAUUUGCAUCUCCCCGAAAAACGUAGUUCAUAAGCUGAGCGAUUUACGGUUAUGAUAAAGGCGCGGCUCAAGAAUCUUCCAUGAGUGUGUGGGUGUUUUAUUUCUGCGAUGCAUUGUGACGCUGCGUGGGUGGACUAAGGUGGAGGAACAGCGAAGUGGAGAGGAAUGAGACUGAUGGGAAUUGAAGUACGCGAGGAGUGGAGGAGAAGCCGAAGUGUGACACAUGUAUGUGAAUACGUGAGGAAAAAGAAAAGUGAGUGGAAUAAAACCAAGGAAAAUAACAGAAAAAAAAAGCUAAUCGAUGAACCCAACCGCAGAUAAUACAAUACCUAUUACCUGCAAACUGAAAUACCUGGAAUCUUGUAGUGGUGAAUAAAAGCUUGUCGAUAGAACUUACUCCGAACUAACAGUGAAGUGGAAACUACGAAUAUUGGUAAAAAUGGAGUGAGUGGCAAGUGCGGAUAGUGAAGCCAGUGGAACCUUGCUACUUUCAUGUACCUUCAACUUUACUGCGUCUAGUGAAGCUUCCUCGCUCUCACCUGAGUGUACCUGCGUGGGAAAAAAAAAAUAAGGUGUUCACGCUAAAUUGGAAUCGAGUUUAUACACAAAUAGCAUGAGAGAGAGAGAGAGAGAGAGAGAGAGAGAGAGAGAGAGAGAGAGAGAGAGAGAGAGAGAGAGAGAGAGAGAGAGAGAG